GUAGCAACUAACAAGUUAGCUGUUAGAAUUUGUUACUUAAUUAUAUACUUACUUAUAUUUAUUAUAUUAUUGCUCUACGGUAUAAUCAGUUAUAUAUGUUGUAUUGUAUCUUCAUUUUUGAAUAAUUGAACCUUCGUAGUUCAUACAGCUCAGUAAAAUUAAUUUAUACGAUGCUGUUGACCAUCUUUAAACAGUUUUAAAUUUCAACGGGUACUUCAAAUAUAAUUUCAAAUUAUUCUUAAACAUGAUAGCUAAUGAUGAAGAAAUUAUCGAAGGUCCCAAUAAUAAUAACGAAGCAUUGGUUUAUUCAGAGAUUGUGCAAAAUGCAAUUGACGAGACACUACCAAGUGACGAUCCACUGGAUAGACCCGAAUUUGACGCAAUUGAUUAUAUCAACAAGAUGUUUCCUACAGAACAGUCUCUAGCUAAUAUAGAUGAUGUCAUCAAUUCAUUAGAAUGCAAAGUAGAUUCUAUUGAUAGUGAAAUAAGAUCAGUUAUUCGAGGACAAAUAGAAGUCAAUAAAGAUGGAAAAGCUGAGCUCGAGGAAGCACAACGUUAUAUCAAACAAUUGUUCAGCCAAAUUAGAGAAAUUAAACAAAAAGCUGAACACAGUGAAGAAGUAGUCAAAGAGAUAACAAUAGAUAUAGAACAACUAGAUUGUGCUAAAAAAAAUCUUACUACGUCAAUUACUACUUUAAAUAACUUGCAUAUGCUAGUUUCUGGUAUUGAAUCGCUCAGGGGAUUGACUUCUAACCGAAAAUAUGGAGAGAUUGUAAUGCCUCUACAGGGAGUCACUGAUGUCAUGAAACAUUUUAAAAAUUAUAUAGACAUUCCACAUAUUGCUCUAUUAGCAACAGAAGUAAAACAACUACAAGAAUCAUUAGCGUCACAAAUUAUGGCAGACUUUCAUGAAGCCUUUUCAGGACCAAAUGCAAAAAAUUUUGUCCCUAAUCGACAAAUGGCUGAAGCGUGUUUAGUUGUUUCUAUUUUAGAAUCCAAAGUAAAAGAUGAACUAUUGGACUGGUUUAUCAACCUUCAACUAUCAGAAUAUACUCAUUUAUUUGAUAGUGCUGAAGAUGUAGCCUGGUUGGACAAAGUAAAUCAGCGCUAUGCCUGGUUCAAACGUCAACUUUUGCAAAUUGAAGAGAAGUUUGGAACUAUGUUUCCUGUUCAAUGGGAAUUAUCCAAAAGGAUUGCAGUUGAAUUUUGUGUUAUCACCAAAAAUGAACUAUCAAAGUUGAUGGGUAAAAGGAAGAAUGAGAUAGAUGUAAAACUUUUGCUGUAUGCAAUUCAAAAAACUGUUGCAUUUGAAAACUUAAUGUCUAGAACGUUUAGUGGUAGUACUAUAACUCAGACUGAAGAUGCUUCAAAACCUAACCAACAGUUGGCAACUAUUACUAAAGUAGAAGAAAUCAUUCAACCAUUUUCAAACGAAUUGACGGUAUCGGAGAGUAUUAUGGAUAGUAUAACCACACCUGUUAAUAAUAUUGGCAUAAAAAAGAAUACAUCUUCAUUUGAUGGUUUGAUAAGUGAUUGUUUCCAACCAUUUCUUUUUAUUUAUAUUGACAGUGUUGAUAAAAAUUUAUCAGAACUCAUGGAACGAUUUGUUAAUGAUAUUAAAAUAACUUUAGCAAAAGAAAACAUUGACGAUCAAACUGCGUCUGUGUUACCGAAUUGUGCCGAUUUAUUUUUGUUUUAUAAAAAAUCUCUAGUACAGUGUACAGAACUAAGUAACCAUAAUCCUAUGCUUGCUUUAGCUUCUGUGUUUCAAAAAUACCUAAAAGAAUAUGCGAGUAAAAUACUAGAAUCUAAUUUACCAAAAAUAAGUCAUACUCCUACUUCUCUCACUACAAAUGUAUCGAAUAUGACUAAAGACCUAAUAAAGGAUCUACAAUUACUUCCAAGUGGGAUGUCUGAUGCUAAUGUGAAGAAUGUUAAUUGUACGCCACAAGAGCUUGCUAAAAUAUGUUGUGUUUUGACAACUGCUGAUUAUUGUAUGGAGACCACACAACAAUUGGAAGAUAAAUUAAAAGAAAAAAUUGAUCCAAGCUUAAUAGGAAAAAUUAGCAUGACUAAUGAGCAAGAAGUUUUCCAAAACAUUAUUUUCUUGUCCAUCAAGCUAUUGGUUCAACAUCUAGAAGUCGAUUUAGAACCCGCACUUAAUAAUAUGGUCAAAGUUUCAUGGCAAAACAUUACAGCUGUUGGUGAUCAGAGUGAAUAUGUCUCUUUGAUGACUACUCAUUUAAAAGCUGUUAUUCCUGUGGUCCGUAACUAUUUAUCAUCAUCUAGAAAGUAUUUUACAAAAUUUUGUAUUACGUUUGCAAACUCUUUCAUUCCAAAGUUUAUAAAACAUUUGUAUAAAUGUAAGCCGCUGUCAAAUAUUGGUGCUGAACAAUUGUUAUUAGAUACCCACUCAUUAAAAACAGUUCUAUUGGACUUACCAUCAAUGAACCUUGACGAUAAUCGUAAAGCUCCAGCUAGUUACACCAAAGUUGUAGUCAAAGGUAUGACUAAAGCGGAAAUGAUACUUAAACUUGUUAUGGCACCUACAAUGAAACACUACACAUCAUUUGUCGAUCAGUACUUAAAAUUAUUGCCUGAAUCGGAUAUGACUGAGUUUCAGAAAAUUUUAGAAAUGAAGGGUUUGAAAGCAGCCGAAAGAAAUGAAUUGCUUAACCUAUUUAGACCAAGAAAUCCAACGGGUAGUUUUGUUACGAGCACUGCAGCUUUAUCUAGUUUAAAACAGUAUACUAGCCGCAUUAAAAAAAAUCUAAUAUCCAACUCAAAUAAUUAGUCGAUAUACAUAACGUUAAACUUUAUUUUUGUAAAUUAUUGUACUCUAGAAAUAUAUGUUUAAGAUUCAAUUCCACAAAUUUCAUUUCUCUUUUAUAUAAUUAAUUUUUUUUAAUUAAAUACACAUAAAUAUUAUUAAUUUUGUUUUUUUCCUCACUCUAUUAAUCAUUUUCUUUGUAGUAAGAACCUCAAAUUAGGUAGUGGUUUUUUUUUUUAAAUCGAGUUACGUCCUUCUUCGUUGGACACGACGAUAUGUUAGUUCAUCUAUAUAUAUUAUUAUUAUAUUAUUUAUAUUUUUAUUGUUAUACUACUAUUUGUGGUUUAGUCCGUUAUAGUGCUGAAGGCCUCAUUUGUAAACUUAAGUAAUGGAAUUUGGUUACAACUAACAUAUAUUUUGUGUAAAUAUUUAUUUGAGAAUUUCCUCAAAUAGAGCCGCAUAUUCAUAAUUUAAUAA